CCUCCGCGCAGGCGCCGGAAGGACUGGUGCUUUCCGGGUAAAGAUGGACGCUCACGAUCUCUUCCGCCGCCUGGGCGCGGGCGCCAGGUUUGACGUGAGGCGCUUCUCUGCGGACGCGACCCGAUUCCAGGUAGGAAAACGGAAAUGCGACUUUGAUUCAUCGGAGGUGCUUCAGAGACUGGACUUUUUUGGAAACAAGAAGUCCGUCCCAAGCGAGAAUGGCGCAUCAGCAAUUUUUCAAGAGCCCCAAGAUGAAGAGAAAAGAGAAGAGUGCCUUACUGAAAGGAAGCAGAACAAGAGAAAGAGGAAGAGAUUGGCUUCAGAAACAAUUACUCAAGAAGAAGGUUCUACAAUACAGUGGAUGUCAUCUGUGGAAGCAAAGAUUGAGGAUAAAAAAAUUAAAAAAGAAGGUAAACUAACUUCAGGAAAGUUGGAACAUCUCAGAAAAGAAAAGAUAAACUUCUUCCGGAAUAAACACAAAAUUCAUGUACAAGGAACUGAUCUGCCUGACCCAAUUGCUACAUUUCAGCAACUUGAUCAGGAAUAUAAAAUCAAUUCUCGACUCCUUCAGAAUAUUCUCGAUGCAGGCUUUCAGUCACCUACACCAAUCCAGAUGCAGGCUAUUCCAGUUAUGCUCCAUGGUCGAGAACUUCUGGCUUCUGCUCCCACUGGAUCUGGAAAGACCUUGGCUUUUAGCAUACCUAUUUUAAUGCAGCUGAAACAACCAGCAAAUAAAGGCUUCAGAGCCCUAAUUAUCUCUCCAACACGAGAACUUGCCACUCAGAUUCACCGAGAGCUGGUAAAAAUCUCUGAGGGAACAGGAUUUAGGAUACACAUGAUCCACAAAGCAGCAGUGGCAGCCAAGAAAUUUGGCCCCAAAUCUUCUAAGAAAUUUGAUAUUCUUGUGACUACUCCAAAUCGACUGAUCUACUUACUGAAGCAAGAUCCCCCAGGAAUAGACUUAACAAGUGUUGAAUGGCUGGUGGUAGAUGAGUCAGACAAGCUGUUUGAAGAUGGCAAAACUGGAUUCAGAGAACAGCUGGCUUCCAUUUUCCUGGCCUGUACAUCCCACAAGGUCAAAAGAGCUAUGUUCAGUGCAACUUUUGCAUAUGAUGUCGAACAGUGGUGCAAACUCAAUCUGGACAGUGUCAUUUCUGUAUCUAUUGGAGCAAGGAAUUCUGCAGUAGAGACUGUAGAACAAGAACUUCUUUUUGUUGGGUCUGAAACUGGGAAACUUCUUGCAAUGAGGGAACUUGUUAAAAAGGGUUUCAAUCCACCUGUUCUUGUUUUUGUUCAGUCCAUUGAAAGGGCAAAGGAACUUUUUCAUGAACUCAUAUAUGAGGGUAUUAAUGUGGAUGUUAUUCAUGCAGACAGAACUCAACAACAGAGAGAUAACACAGUCCAGAGCUUCAGAGCUGGAAAAAUCUGGGUUCUUAUUUGUACAGCCUUGCUAGCCAGAGGGAUUGAUUUUAAAGGUGUGAACUUGGUCAUCAACUAUGAUUUUCCAACCAGUUCAGUGGAAUAUAUUCACAGGAUAGGUCGAACUGGAAGAGCUGGGCAUAAAGGAAAAGCUGUUACAUUUUUUACUGAAGAUGAUAAACCGUUAUUAAGAAGUGUUGCCAAUGUUAUACAGCAGGCCGGAUGUCCAGUACCAGAAUACAUCAAAGGUUUCCAGAAACUGUUAAGCAAACAAAAGAAAAAGAUGAUUAAGAAGCCAUUGGAAAGGGCAAGCAUUAGUACAACACCAAAAUAUUUCUUAGAAAAAGCUAAAGAUAAACAGAAAAAGCCCACUGAUCAAAAUAGCAAGAAGAGAGCUGUUGAAGAUAAAAGUUUAAAAAAAGAAAAGACUUUUAAAAAAAGACAGAAUUAGAAACCAUUUUGUGUUUCUCACACAAAUGAUGGUUUCAUGAAAUUCUUCAAGUCUCAUAUUAUCUGUACCAAACAUUUGAAAUCGACUACAAGAACAUGGGACUGAUGAAAAAAGAUCCUAAACUAUGAGUGCUUCAUGUCAAAUUUUGUUUGUAGGUGACUUUCAAAUGAUUAUAUGAAUGGAAAUAGCAUUCAUUGACAUUUUUAUGGCUUGAAUAGAGAAAGAUACUUCUUAUAGAAGAACAAAAUCUUAUGCAAAGAAAAAAUAACAGCACCCAAUUGUGGUGAACUUUUAAGUGUUUUCCUUUAAAGUAUGAAGGAAAGUGAUAAUAUGCAAUGUAGAGGCAUCUGAUUUCCAAAUAAAGCCUUAAGGUUGAAUAUCCUUCCAACCACUUUUUUUUUUUAAUGGACAGGAAGUUGCAAAGACUAACAAGUGAAAACUGCUGCUUGAUUUAUUGUUUCUCAAUUUGUUAAUAGCCUUUUAUGGUAUGAGCAGAGAGUUCUAUGACUGUGUUCAAGGGCCAUGAGAGUCUUAAUUCUGUGGUCAUUAAAUAUCCUUAGACCUC